AUCCUAUAUAAGGAAGAAAAACCACCAUACCUUCUCAACCCAGAGCGUUUGACACACAAGCAGCAGGUUAAUUAUAAGAAGAAGAAGAAGAAGAGGCAGAGGGAGAAAGAAAGGGUACCAUUAUUUAAUUCAUUAAUUUCAUAGCUUACUCACUGUCAGUGUCUGGUCAGGCCAGUCAUGGCUUCUCCUUCGUCGGAUGAGUUGCUCGGCACCUUCGUCCCCAUUGCUGUUUAUUGGAUAUACUCUGGCAUCUAUGUGAUGCUCGGUGAUUUGAACCAAUACAGGCUUCACACAAAGGCUGAAGAAGAAACGAAGAACGUUGUAUCAAAGGGAACCGUUGUGAAGGGCGUCCUCGUCCAGCAAGCUUUCCAAGUGGCCGUCUCCCUCCUCCUCUUCACGUUCAUGAGCGGUGACAGCGGCGUUCUCUUGCCUCAGCCUUCUUUUCCGGUGAUCAUCCUCCAGUUCGUCGUGGCCAUGGUGGUGGUGGAUACGUGGCAGUACUUCAUGCACCGAUUCAUGCACAUCAACAAGUUCCUGUACAAACACAUCCACUCCAAACACCAUAGCCUCGUAGUCCCCUACGCCUUUGGAGCCCUCUACAACCAUCCACUCGAAGGGCUGAUUCUCGACACAAUUGGGGGAGUUCUCUCCUUUCUUAUCUCAGGGAUGACACCUCGAACCGCCAUAUUCUUCUUCUCCUUCGCCACCAUCAAGACUGUCGACGACCAUUGCGGUCUCUGGCUUCCCGGAAACUUGUUACAUGUUUUCUUCAACAACAACAGUGCGUAUCACGACAUCCACCAUCAGCUCUAUGGCACAAAGUACAAUUUUUCUCAGCCAUUCUUUAUCACUUGGGAUAAAAUACUCGGAACUCACAUGCCUUACUCGCUUGAGAAGAGAAAGGAGGGAGGAUUUGAGGCCCGCCCGAUCAAGAAGAUUGAUUGAUUCUUUCAAGGAUUAUUGAAUUUGAUACCUUGCCCUGUUAUGUUCAAUACCUCCUUUCUGAUUUGUUUGCCUGUAGAGGUGUUGCAACUUGCAAGGACACCAGUAUUUUGUUUUGUAAACUAGCUUAAAAAAAUAAAAAAAAACUCACUACAGGCAAAAAAAAUCUAUAUAAUAUAUAUUGUACCAUUGUAAUUGAUUAACUAAUUAUAUGUUAUUGGAAGGAGUAAAGAAAUUUUUAA